AUUCCAAGGUUUUCCAAGGUGCGGGGAUACGAUCAUGUGAUAUCGGGCGAUAUUAGAUCCGAUCUUGAGCUGUUUGUGGCUGUGGCUGUGGCUGCGCAGACAGAUGAGUUAAACUAAUUAAGGUCUAGUCCGUGCUGGCAUUCAAGAGCUUCUAGCUUGGACCUGAAAUGUUAGGGAGCUUUAGCUUUGAACAUCAUCUUGGAAUACCUUCAGUUCCUUUCCUAAUACCAUGAUAUUAUUCAAGGAAAUUUAGCCUUGGAAUCUGGAAUCAUAUUAAAGAAAAUAAAAUAGCUGGAAUCUCAGAUACCUUCACUUUCCUUACACGGUAUUCUUGGUUCCAUAAUCCUUUACCCGAAACACAACAAUAAUCAUGGCCGAUGUUCGUUCCCUUCUCCAAAAUGAACGAGCUGCUCGUCGCAUACAACAUAAAUAUGCUGGUUAUUCAACCGCUGGUACUCUAAUGUGCCUCGUCUGUCAUUUACAAAUGAAGAGUGAAUCAUUAUGGGAAGGACAUCUACGAUCACCAGGUCAUAUUAUGCGGUUAUCAAAACAACAAGAGGAAGAACGUGAGCGCAAUGCGAAAGCAGAUACAAAAGGCAGUGAAGGGAAUAAAAAAAAAAGGAAAGCAGACGACGAUGAGGAGGAUACGGAUUAUGGUACAAUGAAAAAGCGCAGUAAAGCUACAGCCACUGCAUUGGAAGGAUUUUUUGUGCCAGCUACAGAAACAUCAAAAGAAAGAUCCGAAUCUCCCUCAAAAUCAGCGAUACCUCAUGAAAUGCAAAUUCCUUCUCGUCCCGCGACACCAGCAAAACCAACCAAGUCGCCGCCUCCGGUGAAACAGACUACAGUGGAUGAGGAUGAAUGGGCAGCAUUCGAAGCAGAUAUUGCGGCUGCAGAUGUUCCAGCAGAGAUAGAAUCGGAAGCUAUCAUAUCUGCGCCUGCAAUGACCACUGCGGAAGUGGAAGCUCGUUCUGCGGAGGAAGAGAAGAAACGGAGGAAGGAAAAGCUGGAAGCCGAGCUAGAGGGAGAUAAAGAAGAUGCCGAGAGGAAACUACAAGAAGAAUUCGAGGAAAUGGAAAGCUUGGAACAGAGGGUCAAACGGUUACGGGAGAAAAGAGAAGCUUUAAGGUCUAAAGAAAGGGAGGCUGGCGCAACGGAAUCAGCGAUAGCAUCAUCCCAAACUCCAGAAGCCAAGGAUGCACUGGAAGACGAUGAUGAAGAAGAUGAUGACGAGGAUGAUUGGGAUGGAUUCAGAUUAAGGUGAACUCCAAAUUUGGAUGUGUAAUAGUAUGGAGGCUGGUCAUUUUCAUGUUCGAUACUGUCCGAUUAUACCCUAUUUAAUAAAGCAGGAUACCAGCUCCUCCGUUAUGAGAAUGUAAAAAUCGUUUAAUAUACUAUCCUUGACACUAAAGAGGUGGAGAUUAUACAUUCGUGUGAAA